AUGCCGCCCUUCAAGGAUGACCAGAUCAUCAUUAUUUCGCCCGGCUCCGAGACGACUGUCGCGCAGCUGGGCCUGCCCGAGUCCUUCACCCCGGCGCGCCUCCGCCUGAGGUCGCGCAUGUUCCCUGCUGAGAAGGAGGGCGAGUUUGAGCCAUAUAAGAUCCGGAGACGGCAGGAUCGCCCAGCAGCAGAGAAUGGUGAGGCCAAGGACGAGUCGCAAGAAGAUAGCAAGCCCGCUGAGGGUGAAGAGGAGGUCAUAUGGGACGAGGACCGUGUCUCAGAGGAAGGCGCCAUAUGGCCCAUUCAGCAGGGCAGGAUUGUCGACUGGCCAUGCUUCUUCGCUCUCAUCACCCACGUCUACAACUCACUCAACCCGCCCUUUCACACUCCGAUCCUUCUCAUUGCCCAGCCAGCAUGGACGCCGCGAGAGCACGAGAAACUCACGCAGUUCUUCUUUGAGAAAUUCAAGGUACCCGCUUUCGGCUUGAUGGACGCAGCACUGGCGACAGCUUGGGCAUAUGGUGUGCACACGGCGACUGUCAUCGAUGUCGGCAAAGACAAGGCAGACGUGACUGCUGUCAGUGAGUUCAUCCCGCAUACACAGGGUAGAGUAAUCUCCCUAGCAGGAUGCGGAGGCGAAGCCUUUACCGAAGGCCUCCUCGCCAAGCUGAAGCCAAAAGGCUUCAACCGCGACAUGUGCGAACAGCUCAAGAGGUCGCCGAUAUGCGAGCUUCUCCCCCCAGGAGUUCCACUACCAGGAUCAAAAGAUGCGCCUGUCGCCGAUGGCGUGAGCAACCCCGCAGCAGCAGCUUCUACAGGAGCACCGGGAUCUGGCGCUGCAGCUGCAGCUGCAAUCGGAAACGUGCCACGGGGUCCUGGCGUAGAUACUGAGGUCGGAGAAGAAGGAACUGGCGAGGAUGAGGGAGUUCUAGACGUCGCAAGCAUUGUGGCUGGUGGCAAGAUGUCAGAGUACCUUGCCAAGAAGGAGAAGGAGAAACAAGAAAAGGCCAAUGCUAAAAAGAAGGGCGCUCCAGCUCCCCAAGCAAACAAGCCUGUAAAGCUACCCAACUCGAAGCUCGAAAAAGCCACAUUCCUGUAUGAGGAUCAUGCGCUCCUGGAUACCUUGAAGAAUAUGAACCUGAACAAUCAAGAGAUGGCUGAUGCAAAGGGGGUGUUGGAUGAGGGCCCCAGCAGGAAACCAAAUGAAAAUGAAGAGGAGGGUGAGCCUGCUGCUACCACCGAGGUAAACGGCACUGGCGAAGCCAACAACACAAACAAGAGGACAGGAUCAAUAAGACGUGAGAUAGAAGUUGGCAAUGAGCGAUUCAUGGCAGAUGGAAAUGGCACACUAGAGAAGAUUGCAGAUGCCGUAUACAGGGUAAUCUCGUCUAUUGACGAGGUUGGCAAACGAAGCGAUCUUUGGGAUCAGUUGAUUGUCUGCGGUAAUGGAGCGAAGCUACGAGGCUUUAGGGAAUCUCUCAUACAGACCAUCCAGGCCAAGUAUCUAGUGUCGCCCUCAUCUGCUACCAUUUUCACAUCUGAGAUCCCGUCCAAUGUCUCAACACCUGCGGGUACUGGAACCAACACGCCACAACCCCAACUUGGCCCACAUGGCAACUCUCAAGUCAACCCACUUCUACUAGCAGCUACCACGGCUCAGACGCAACACAUGAUGCCCCAUGGAAGCAUGCCUGGCAUGUCACACAACUUGCACUCUUCACAUGGCCAAACACCCACGUCUGUUAAGUUUGUCAAGCCCCCAGAGUACUUUCCAGAAUUCAAAGAGGUUGGUUUUGAUGAAUCAACCUUCUUGGGCGCCCAGGUCGCGGCCAAAGUCAUUUUUGUAGUCGACCAAGGUCAAAGCAAGGGCUACAUGACACGCCCAGAUUAUAACGACCAAGGCCCACAAGCCAUUCACGACUACAGCCUAUAA